ACCCACUUUGUGUAGGGGCGGCCCUGCACACCAACUCGACCCCCUGCGGUUAACACCCUGCCUGUAAUUCUCCGCCUGGUUACUAAGGGAGGUGGACCGAGACCUAGUGCCUGCGCACUUCAAUCCGAAACCGUCUAGCGUGACGCUCGGCCUCGUCCUGUGGCGGACCCAGGCUUGAAGCUGAGAGGAAGCGAUUGAGACUUCCACGCUCUUGCAAGGCCAGGGGGAAUUCGCUGUGGCAGGAGCCGGGGCGGAGGGGGCGAUGUUACGUAUCCCCAGCAGAGCCGCCCUGUGGCUGUUGGUGUCCGCCGCGCCGAGGCUUUUUCUGGUUAGGACUACAUUUCCCAGAGGCCCCCGCGAGCACUGGGCCCCUGGCGCCUUUGUGUCCUCCGGAGGCCGAGUCGCUUAUUUCCAGGCCCGCGGAGGCUGAGUUCCUUCAGAUUCAGGGCAGAAGGUGGGCCCGAGAGGAGGUUGCCGGAGCCUUCCGGGCUGGGACCCGAUCUUCCGGCAGUUCAGUUCUGCAGGACUGUGCCAUUUCUCAAGUGAAGAGCCAAGGGGAGGAAAGAAUGGCUGUUGGACUUCUUAAAGCCAUGUACCGGGAGUUGGUGACCUUCAGAGAUGUAGCUGUAGACUUCUCCCAAGAGGAGUGGGAUUGUCUAAAUUCUUCUCAAAGGCAUCUGUACAGUAAUGUGAUGUUGGAGAAUUACAGGAUCUUAGUAUCACUGGGACUUUGUUUUUCUAAACCAAGUGUGAUAUUGUUGUUGGAACAAGGGAAGGAGCCCUGGAAAGUGAAGAGAGAGUUGACAAGAGGUUCGUGCUCAGAUUGGGAAUCUAUGUGUGAGACUAAAGAGAUGACCCCAAAGCAUGAUAUUUAUGAAGCACAAUCAUCUCAGAAGGUAAUAGAAAAACUUACAAGUUGUGGCCUUGAAUACUCCAGUUUGAAAGAAGAAUGGAAAUAUGAAGGCCAUUUUGAGAGGCAACCAGUGAAUCAGAAGGCAUGUUUCAAAGAAGAGACAAUCACUCAUGAAGAAACCUCUGUUGAUGAGAGAGGACAAGAAUAUAACAAAACUUGGGGAAGUUUUCAUCCCAGCACACUACUUCAUACACAACAGAUAAUCCCCAAAGAGGAGAAAGUACAUAAACAUAACACACAGAAAAGCUUUAAGAAAAAAUUAAUGGCCAUUAAGUCCAAGGGUAUUUUUACAGAGAAGAAACUUCUGAAGUGUAAUGACUGUGAAAAAGUCUUCAGCCAGAGCUCAUCCCUUACUCUUCAUCAAAGAAUUCAUACUGGAGAAAAGCCCUAUAAAUGUGUAGAAUGUGGGAAAGCCUUUAGCCAGAGAUCAAAUCUUGUUCAGCAUCAAAGGAUUCAUACUGGAGAGAAACCCUAUGAAUGUAAAGAAUGUAGGAAAGCCUUCAGUCAGAAUGCACAUCUAGUUCAACACCUGAGAGUUCAUACUGGAGAAAAACCUUAUGAAUGCAAAGUGUGUAGGAAAGCCUUCAGCCAGUUUGCUUACCUUGCUCAGCAUCAGAGAGUUCAUACUGGAGAGAAACCCUAUGAAUGUAUUGAAUGUGGGAAGGCUUUUAGCAAUAGAUCAUCUAUUGCUCAACACCAGAGAGUUCAUACUGGGGAGAAACCUUAUGAAUGUAAUGUUUGUGGGAAGGCAUUUAGCCUUCGUGCAUACCUUACUGUACAUCAGAGAAUACAUACGGGAGAGAGACCCUAUGAAUGUAAAGAAUGUGGGAAGGCCUUCAGCCAGAAUUCACAUCUUGCUCAGCAUCAGAGAAUUCAUACUGGAGAAAAACCUUAUAAAUGUCAGCAAUGUAGGAAAGCAUUCAGCCAAAUUGCCUACCUUGCUCAACAUCAGAGAGUUCAUACUGGAGAAAAACCCUAUGAAUGUAUUAAAUGUGGGAAGGCUUUUAGCAAUGAUUCAUCCCUUACUCAACAUCAGAGAGUUCAUACUGGAGAGAAGCCUUAUGAAUGUAAUGUUUGUGGAAAGGCAUUUAGUUACUGUGGAUCCCUUGCCCAACAUCAGAGAAUUCAUACAGGAGAGAGACCCUAUGAAUGUAAGGAAUGCAAGAAAACCUUUAGGCAGCAUGCACAUCUUGCUCAUCAUCAGAGAAUUCAUCUUGGGGAGUCCCUCUCACCACCCAAUCCAGCCAAUCACCAAGUCCUGUAGACUAUCCCAUAAAUACUUCCAGAAUUGAUACUCUUUUUUCCAUCUCUAAUGUUGACAUCCUAGUCUAAGGUUCAUCUCAUCUGGAUCACUGCUAUAGCUUUCUAACAGGUCUUCCUGUAUUAACUUUUGGUUCUCUUGAGUUCAUUUCCCACCAUGAACCCAAACUGAUCUUUUUUUGAAGUGUAGGAAUAUAUACAUCACUGCCUCCAGUUAAAAGUUUUUUUGGCUUGCUAUUGUUCUUAAGUUAAUAUCCACAGUCAUUAAAACUGUAUGAGGAGCUUCA